AUGGCCCCAGCCCCAGCCCCAUUCGCCGUAUCCGCCCCCGGCAAAGUCAUCCUCUUCGGCGAAUACGCCGCCAUCUGCGGCCGCCCUGCCAUUGCCGCCGCCAUCAGCCUGCGGUCCUACCUGCUGGUGACCCCGAACCCAACUCCAACCCCAAGCCUCCGCCUGGAAUGUCUCGACAGCAACCUCUUCUUCGAAUGGUCCAUCCACGACCUCCCAUGGCCACGCACCCACACCCACACCCACACCCACACCCACACCCACAGCCAGCCAGACCCUCCAACUUCACAUCCAGAGCCAGCCCUAAUCGCCGCCAUAACAUCACACCUCUCCGCAACAAGCACAACCACAACCACAACCACCAAAGACCCCAUAUCCCUCGCCUUCCUCUACCUCUACCUCUCUCUCGCAACACCAUCCACCCACCCAGCGACGUAUACCCUCCGCUCGAGCAUCCCCAUCGGCGCGGGCCUGGGGAGUAGUGCCAGCGUCUCGGUGUGCCUGGCUACUGCGAUUCUUGUGCAGACUUGCCAUCUGCCGAGAGAUUUCCUCGAGUGGGCAUCGGAGUCUUCUGCUGAGACUGAGUCCGAUACUAAUUCCGAAUCCGCGUCCCACAUCAACCUAAUAACCACCUGGUCAUUCAUCUCCGAGCACUUCUUCCACGGCUGCCCAAGCGGAGUGGACAAUGCGGUGUCUGCGAGGGGAGGGAUACUGUAUUUCCCACGUCGGGGGGAUCAGCUAUGCUCUUCAAGCGCCGAUCAAGAUCACGACCAAUCCCAAUCCCAAUCCCAAUCCCAGCCACAACCUCACCCCCCACCAGAAGACUCCUCACCCACAACCCCAAGCCCACUCCCCAGAACAUCCCAGCCCAAAAUAACCAUCCCCCCCCUCAGACUCAGAACCACCCUCCCCACCCUCCUCGUAAAUACCCACCAACCGCACUCAACCACCGCCGCGACCGCGUCCCUCCAAUCCACCCUGAUGACUUACCCGCUCUCCACGAUGCAUAUACUGGAUACCAUUGCGCGGAUCACCGAUCUCGCGAGGGAUGUGCUGGUUCGUUCUUCGGUGGGUUAUGCCGGGCGCCAUCUGGGCCGUUUAGUCGAGAUGAACCAUAACUGCUUGGUGGCGCUGGGGGCGAGCUGUGAGCGGUUGGAGAGGGUGAAGGAUGUUGUUAGGGAGAGUGGAGGGGGGUGGAUGAAGUUGACGGGGGCGGGGAGGGGGGUUGUGCGGGAGUUCGAGGCGGAGGGGUUUGGGGUUUAUAGGUCUGGUUUGGGGGAGGGAGGGGUGGGGGUUCUUUAUAAGAAUAGGGAUGGGGAUGGGGAUGGGAGGGAAGAGAGAAGAGACGAGGGAGAGGCUGCCAGGGAGUUGUUGAGGGAUUGGGAGGGGAGGGGGAGGGGGAGAAAGGGCGGGACGGGUUGGAGGGGAUGUUGGAGGGGUGUUGGGGGAGAGUGGCGGUCCUGGGGGGAGGAGUCUGGUUUGUAA